UUUUUGUCUGUCUUGUUCAAUUGCUUUCCUUCAAAAGGACACACCACAUAAAGAAUACACACACCACCACAUCCUGGCAUAACCUGAAAACAUCUGAACCUCCAAAACACAUUGUUUUCUUCACUUGUUUCAUACCUCAAAAACCACCACUUUGUUACACUCAAGGUUUUUGCUUUUGUUUUCACAAUAACAGCAUGCAUGUUCUUUUUUCUGCGAAGAGAGUAGCGUUCUCUGAGUCCUUUCUGCCACACAGAAGAAGGAUUUUCACUUGGUUCAGUUUAAGUACUUUAGUUUCUCUUGUUCUGUUGUCCCUCUUCCUUCUCAGUAACUCCCUCAGGGUUCCUAAAGUUUUAGUCUUUGUUCCAAAAUUUGGCGCUGUUGGUGCAAACUCUUCUGUUGGUCCUUGUCCCUUGUUUCCUUUCAACACCAGCCACUCUUUUUCCAAUGAGAAUGACACUUUUGACACUUCAAAGUCAAAUGGGUCAGAGAGUUCUGUGAAGAGAAUUGAAGAGGGAAGUGUUGUUGAAAAUCUUCAUGUAGUGAAUAAUGUGUCAGAUGAAAACAUUAAGAGUGUUACAGAAGGGAGGGGUUUGGUGAAUUCUAGUUUUUCUUCUAUUUUGUUGUCAGAGAGUAACCAUGGGAAGCAAUCAAAGCAUGAGGGGGGUUUUGUUGGGGAAAAGAGUUUAAAGAAUGUAACUGUUACUCAUAAUGAGAAAAUGCAUGUUGGUUUAUAUGACGAGAAAUGUGACAUUUUUGAUGGAAAGUGGGUAAGAGAUGGUUCAAAGCCAUAUUAUCCUUUAGGAUCUUGUCGCCUAAUUGAUAGAGAUUUUAAUUGUCACCGUAAUGGAAGGCCUGAUGCUGAAUAUGUUAAAUGGAGGUGGCAGCCAAAUGGGUGCAUAAUUCCAAGUUUGAAUGCAACUGAUUUUCUGGAGAGGUUGCGUGGGCAGAGGCUAGUUUUUGUUGGGGAUUCACUGAACAGGAACAUGUGGGAGUCACUUGUAUGCAUUCUCCGUCAAAGCAUCAAUAAAAAGAAACGGGUUUUUGAAAUUUCUGGAAGAAGGGAAUUUAAGAAGAAAGGUGUCUAUGCUUUUAGAUUUGAGGACUAUAAUUGUUCGGUGGAUUUUGUUGUUUCACCAUUCAUUGUUCAAGAGUCAACUUUCAAGGGCAAAAAUGGUUCGUUUGAGACAUUAAGAUUGGAUUUGAUGGACCGUACUACGGCCAGGUAUUGGGAUGCUAAUAUCAUAGUCUUCAACACAGGACAUUGGUGGACCCAUGAUAAAACAUCAAAAGGAGAAGAUUAUUAUCAAGAAGGAAAUCAUGUAUACCAAAGACUAGAGGUUCUAGAUGCAUAUACGAGAGCCUUGACCACUUGGGCUAAAUGGGUUGAUCAAAAAAUUAAUGCCAAUCAAACUCAGGUUUUCUUCAGAGGAUUCUCACUUACCCAUUUCUGGGGUGGGCAAUGGAACUCAGGAGGACAGUGCCACAAAGAAACUGAGCCAAUAUUCAAUGAAGCUUACUUACAAAGAUAUCCUUCAAAAAUGUUGGCUCUAGAACAUGUCAUCCAACAAAUGAAAACCCCAGUAGUAUAUAUGAACAUAAGUAGGCUUACAGAUUACAGAAAAGAUGGACAUCCUUCGGUAUACAGAACGGGGUAUAAGGCGUCGAUGAAGCAGAACACUGCUGCACUAUUCGAAGAUUGCAGCCAUUGGUGCUUGCCUGGGGUACCAGAUACUUGGAAUGAAUUGCUAUAUGUUUCUCUCUUAAAAUAUGGAAAAGGUACUUGGAAAAAAACUAAUUAACGUACCCUAGUACCCGGAGGCUCCUCGCUAUGCAGUCUUACCCUUACACAUGCAAAGAGGCUGUUUAACCCUUGACCAACAGGUCACUAAGGCACAACUUUACCCUUGUGUAAGGGCUCAACCUUAGGAACUUGGAAAAGCUGAGCAAAUUUCCUCAUAUGUAUGUUAUGAGUUUUUGCUGCAUGUCUUUGGUUAUAGGAUUAUACUAUUUGGGUUGAUAGCAAGGGAAGGAAAUAGGAUAGUGGAUUUGGCUUGCCAAUUCUUCCCAUUGGUUUAGGCUUGUUGGAGUCAGUUUCUUAAACAGUUGUGAAGAUUGUAAAUGGAUUUUGUAUUCAUUUAUUUAGUAUUUACAAGCACGUGCCAUGAUACUUUGAAUGAUA